AUGGCAGCCUCCAGUAGUUCAUCAAUUUCUAGCUGUUCUCAUUCAAAACAACCCCCAGAAAAUGAUGACAUCUCUCGCCUCGCCCCAGGAAUAAGCAAGGACAGCGUAUUGCUGGCGACGAAUUCGUUCGCCGAUAUUUGCGAAUGCUUCAACGAGCAAUGCGAACAGUUUCAUAGAGUCAAACAUCACAGCGGUUCCAUUUCAGAACUUGGCCAUUCGCUCUCGCGCGAAGGCUCGCAGCCGAUCGACGGAGAGGAGGCCACGGAAGAUACAGACCUGGAACAAGAUGCAUGUUUUGUAAUAGAGGAAAAUAAUACAGAGAAUCAUGAUGACGAUUUCCAGUCGGCAAGUGAAGACCCAUCUGAUGCAAUGUCACGCUCCAUCGAAAAGUUACGAUUAGUAGAAGAGGAACAAGAGGACAUCAUAAACAAUGAAGAAUGGCAGUCGAAAAGGAAGCAUGUUUUUAUUUUGAGCGAAGCUGGCAAGCCAAUAUAUUCGAGGUACGGGAGCGAGGACCAGCUCGUGACGAUGAUGGGUGUGAUGCAGGCGCUCGUCGCGUGCGUGCAGGACGCGCGCGACAGCAUCCGCUGCAUCGUAGCCGGCGCGCGCCGCUGGGAUCUUGUGUUUGCGAUCAUCAUCGCGGACAAGCAGCUCGUGACGAUGGUGCGCAUGCGUAAGUACUCGCUGCACCCUGUAGACCUGCACCUCAUCCUCAACCUAGUCAGCUCGUCAACGACAUCGUUCCAGACCGGAGAGACGUGGUCGCCCAUCUGCCUGCCAAAGUUCGACUCGAGUGGUUACCUGUAUGCUCACAUCUCCUACCUGGAUGACAAGUGCAAUACCUGCAUGCUGUUGCUCACCGUGAAUCGUGAUGAGUUCUUCACACUGUCAGAGUGCAAGAAGAAAGUACUAGAGAGGCUGCAGCGGUAUCGCUGCUUGGAGGCGAUUGACGUGGCGAUAGCGGAGGGAGGCUGCCGCGUGUCACAGAUAGGCAUCGCGGACCUUAGACACUUCAUCUACAAGUCACGCAGCACUUCACAGUUCGUCUGCGCUAAGUACGAGGCGCCGUACACGAUCGACGCGCAGUGGGAGCGGCUGUUCUCGGUGUACCAGCGCGUGCACCACCGCAUACACACGACGUCGCGGCCGCUGAAGAUACUGUUCUACGUUGGCGUGCAUGAGACUAUCCUCGGCUGGGUGACCUCAGGUUUUGAACUCUACGCGACCUUUAGCCCCCUGGUGACGAAGCCAGUAGCGAUAGCAGCGGUCGAGAAGUUACUACGGUGGAUCAAGCGAGAAGAGGAUAGGCUCUUCAUACUGAAGUCUCUUACGUUUUGAGUCUUUCCCGGCUAGCAUUAGUGUAUCCGAGAAUUAACUGCUAUCGUCUCUAUAUAACACUGGUUCUCUUUCUCUGUCUUUCUCUCUGUCUCUGUCAAUCUAACUUUAAUAUGCCUCUCUUCUCUUUCAGUUACUUCUUACUAUCGUUUUGUCUCUCUGCCUACUUCUCUCCUGUUCUUCCUUUCUCUCUUUCUCUUCUUCUGUCCAGGUUCCCUCUCUUUCCCUCCCAUCUCUCUUCAUCUCUGUCAUUCUUUCGUUCACCCCUCUUCCUGUUCACUCCCUAUAAUGAUAGGAAAAGUUUGCUAUCAUUAUAAACUUUUCCUAUUCCUCCAUGAUGUUCUUUUUGCUUGGGUUGGUGCUUCAUAUUGAAGUAUAUCAUAAUGUGUUAAGUUUAAGAAACUGCAUUUAUGCAUAGAUGCAUCAUAUCCAGAAAUGGCAAACCCUGUAUUUUUGCUCAUCUGCUAGAGGCGACUUCCAUUAGCCUCUUCCACCCCAACCUCCUAACAAAUCCCACCCAUAAGAAGUUUUAGCCACCUACUGUACUGCAUCGGCUGUACUGUACUGUGCAUAAGCAACAGUUUUGUUCUGUGGCGCCAUCUAUGGGAUGCCUUUACUACUCUUAGCACCGCUACUCGAGUGAUUGAUCGGUGUCACUUCCCCCCGGGCGUAGAGGGAGGGUGCCACUACGUGGCAGCACUAGUGUUAG